GAAGUCCUCUCACUAAAAUACUCCGGGUGGGUGCUGCCAUCAAGGUCACCGUCCUACAUGCACGUGUAGGGACCAGCGUGCGCUACUAGAAGGAUGCUGAGUACAAUGGCGGGAAUGGUAGUAACCGCGCCUGGGCUAUCAGUGAGGCCCGUGGUGUGGGCGGCAGCCUUUUCGUCCGUCUCGUGGCGCGCGGCGCAAGGCCUGGCGGGGCAAAGCGAGAGGCGUCGUUGCGCGGCAGAAGCUGGCUUUCCUCUGCGAGUCCCGGGGAAGGAUGAAGCAGCCCGGGCAAUCCUGGAAAAGUCUCGGGCACCACCCCCAGUGCGAAGGUUCAUCGCCUGCCGCGACCUGGCGCGUACUCUGGUCUCUCGACUGGGUAACAGCUCAGACCUGGAGCCCACCGGCAGGCGGCCGGCAGUUGUGGUGGAAUGCGAUCCAGGUCCUGGAAUUUUGACCCGGACUCUACUUAAUGCUGGUUCCCGAGUGAUAGCACUAGAGAGCAAUAAUGCUUUUCUUCCUGAUCUGGAGUCUCUACAGAAGAAAUUAGAUGGACAGCUGGAAGUGGUGCAUUGUGAUUUCUUCAGACUGGACCCUAUUGGUUUGGGAACAUUGAGACCUCCUAUUAUGUAUUCUGAGAAACUUUUUGAGAAUUUGGGUAUCCUCCCUGUUCCUUGGACAGCAGAUACUCCUCUAAAAGUGGUUGGAAUUGUCCCACAGAAAAGGGAAAGGAACCUACUUUGGAAGCUUGUUUAUGCCUUAUAUGAAUGUAGUUCUGUAUAUAAAUACGGAAGAAUAGAAUUGAACCUGUUUGUCAGUGAAAAAGAGUACAAGACUCUUGUUGCAAAGCCUGGAGAUUCAAGAAUUUAUCAACCUCUAAGUGUACUUUGGCAAACAGCCUGUGAUGUUCAGCUUCUGCACAUGGAGCCUUGGUCUUCGUUUUUAACUAAUUCAAGAAAUGGGGGACUCUCCAUACCAAAGAGUGUGCUGCUGCAGAAUGACCACUUAUGCUUAGUACGAAUGACACCUCGGAAGAAUUUAUUUACAGAAAGCUUGACGGCCGCUAAUUCACGCAUAUUUAUUCUGAUGGUAAAACAGUGUCUUGCUAAAUGCAGAACAAAAUUAGUAGACAAAUUAAAUUUAUGGAGUUCUGAGAGUGGGAAGAAUCUGUUGAGACAGAUAGAGAUACCAGAAGACGUUACAACAGGCAGUUUAUAUCCAGAAGAGUACAAAUGUCUUUUUGAAGCUAUGGAACAAUCUAAUGAAUUUGACCAAAGCUGGCUUUAUGAUGAUGCCUUAGAAGAUAACAGUGCCAUAAAUUUUUAAAACAAAGCUUGGAUACUUUGGAAAGAAUCUUUGUAACUUUCAAGAUGAUGCAAAGGAAAAAAAAUUCAAAGUUCUUUAACAAUGAAGAUGACUUCUGUGCAGAGUAACACCUCUUGGAAAACAGAGGCCCUUCAGAUGCAAGCAAGGGCAGUAUGUUUGAUACUGUUUAAUUUGAAGUUGGACAUUUUCUGUGAUAUGAGAAAAUCCUUGGUUGUCAGAAGGCCUGUUACAGGGGGAAGGACUCUUGUUUUAGCCUUUGAGGUUAUAUGAUCUGCAGUUGGAGAACAGGUUAAAUACGGGCAAGCCCUACAAUUUCUCUCUAACUGUAAGAAUGUUAGGUGCUCUGUGGGCUUCCUGUGUGCAACCCCCGUUUUAAAAGGUGCAGCCAAAAUAACAUUGAACAAAAAGAGCAAGGCACAGUAGAGACCAACUGUGCAUUUCCAGUUUAAAGAUUCCCCCCUCCCUCCAGUGCGUGUGUUAUACUAGAAAUUGUAGCAGGUUUGUGAACCCUCCGGCCCUUUUUGAAAGAAAAAUGGAUUGUAACUUACAGAAAUGGAUUGAAUUCACCAAUGACAGCUUUUUUUUUGUUCCCCAUUCCCACUUCUGCCCUGUAUCCCCUUGAAAAGCCAUUCCAAAGGUUUGUGAGUCCAUAGAGUAUGGUGUGGGAGGCAGCAAAGAAAGUGUGAGUAUAUGAGGCAUGCAAGGGUUGGGAGAGUGUGACUUUUGCUGGUUCCCCCCUCCCCCCAAUUUCUGGCUACUGCCCCCUGUUCUAUAUCCCUAGUUUCUGAGGCUCCUUCAAUACUCAGGAAUGUACAACGAGUUUUCAGGACGUACAAGGACUGAGGGAAGCGGUGACAGUCCCUUCUACAAAGUCACAACUGUUUAUAGUUCUAUAGGUUCCAACACCAUUGAACAGAUAGUGAUGAUAGUGUUCUUUGAGCAUGGUUUGAACUACAUGUUAGUUGUAACAACAUUGUCUCCAAACCUCUUUCUAAUUAAUUUCCUUUUGUGUAAAUAUCCAUCUUAACUUUUUAAAUUAAACAUAGCCAUGCAAUGAA